UUUUGGCGGAAGUCGCAGUUUAUCCUCGCGGUGAUGUGCACGCUCCAAAUGUCAACCAUAGACAGUAUAUAAGAAGUCAAACCGCGGCACUUUUCAAAGUUAAGGUGACAGCUAGCUUUGGUGUUCCAACAUGAUGUUCUACACUCAACUCUUCACAUCCAAGCGGGGGCCUCUAGCCAAAAUCUGGCUAGCAGCGCACUGGGAAAGGAAACUCACAAAGGCCCACGUAUUUGAAUGUAAUUUAGAAACAACAAUCAAAGACAUCAUUUCCCCAAAGAUGAAAAUUGGUUUGCGGACAUCUGGUCAUCUGCUCAUUGGUGUGGUCAGGAUCUACUCCAAGAAAGCGAAGUAUCUCCUUGCAGACUGCAAUGAUGCCCUGGUUAAAAUUAAAAUGGCAUUCAGGCCAGGUCAGACAGAUUUGCCCGUAGAGGGGCUCGAGGCAACACUAAAAGCAAUUACCUUGAUCGAAGAUUUCACUGCCUUUGAUGCCCAGCUACCAAAACCAAGUAACAUAGAUGUCGUGGACCACUUUUCACUGAACCAGUGUCGAUCAGAGGAAAUCACUCUGAAGGAGGAUUAUGGAAAUGGCUUUCUGAACAUGGUAGAUUUCGCAGAUGAGUCCCAGAGCCACCAUGGUGGGCUAAUGGAUAUGACAUUCCAGAGCCUGACUCAACAUGGAGAUGCUUUUGGGGAUGAGGAUAGAGGAUUCGACCUACUCGACUUUCUGACAAACCCCACUGAUAAUGUUGAGUCCACCGACUUCAUCCCCGAAGAGCCUCAACAUGAAAAUCCAGAGAUCUCUGCACUCAAUCAUCAACAAGAUGCGGACAAAAAGAUGAUGGUGACCCCUACACAGAGUGAGACCACCCUGCUCGCUAAUGAGGAGGAGGCCUUUGCCCUUGAACCUGUGACCAUCACUCCAAAUUCAGAGAAAAAGAGGGGAAAGAGGAAACGCAGGUUGGUUGUGGACCAGUCUAAAGAGCUGACCAAUGACUUCAUCAGAGAGCAGCUUUCUGACUAUUCAGAUCUGGUUGCCCCAUUGGACAUGGCCCCACCAACCUUGCAGCUCAUGCAGUGGAAGGAGAGCGGAAGUGCAGACAAACUCUUUACACAGCCGUGUACCACUGUAGCAACUCCACAGAUAAAGGAGCUCUUUGCCAAGAGUAUUUUCCAGGGGAAGUAUUAUGGUGCGUGUGAGGAGGUUGAGAUGAUGCGCCAGGAUGGACAAGAAGUUCAGAGGGACAUAAGCGCCCUCACCACAGACAGCGUCAGUAUCGUAGAUUCAUCAAUAGAUCCAGAAAGAACCCACAACACUGAGCUGACAGACCCUGAUCACAUAAAUGACAAUCAACGUGGGAAUUACUCAGAGCUGGCACAAGAUGAAAACGAGUCGGAGUUCACCCAUCCAGAACUUCCAUCAGAAGACUCCAUGUUUGUCCAUCCGUCUUGCAUACAGCAGGAGACUCAGUCAACUUCCCUCCACACUCAGUCUAUGCUCGACAGCCAGGACUUUGAGGAGAGGAGGAUCAGCAGGCGUACACAGAAGCUUCUGAACACACUAAAAAGCCAGAGCAACAGUGUUACCACGUUUAGCCUGGAGGCACUCUGUGAAGGAAGCACUCGCUUGCAGGCUGCAACCACUUUCUUCUGUCUUCUGGUCCUGAAAAAACAAGAAGCCCUUCAUCUGAGCCAGAGAGCACCCUAUGAGGACAUCCUUCUUACUCCUGGACCGAAGUUCUACAAUUAGUAAAACAGAAAACAGUUUCUUUACAAAACAGAGAUGCAGUUCUGGUUCUACUCGAUCUGCCUCAUGCACAAGUGUCACAUGUUU